CUCUCAUUGGCCGAACCCUAUCGCAGCAAUUCCGGCGGAAGGCAGGCAGGCGAGCGGGAGCGGCAGCGCGGGGAGACGAGUGCCACUGCCGCCGCCGCCUCAGCACUGCUGUCUCUCCUCAAAGAAGAAGAGGAAGAGCAGGAGGACCUUGUGGCCCCGGUUCCGGCGCAGCGAUGGAGGCGGAGACGCGCAGCGUGCAGAUCCAGUUCCCUCACUACGCAGCUGUGCUGCUGGAGUCGCUGAACAAGCACCGCCUGGAGGGGAAGUUCUGUGAUCUGUCCGUCCACGUCCAGGGGCGGGUCUUCCGGGCCCACAAGAGCGUCCUGGCAGCCGCCUCGCCCUACUUCCACGACAAGCUCCUCCUCCGCGACACCGACUGCCUGGUCCUGCCGGGGGUCAUUGAGCCCCAGGCCUUCGAGAACCUGCUGCAGCUCAUCUACUCCGGCCGCCUGAGGCUGCUGCUGGAGGCCCUGCCCAGCCACCUCCUCGUGGCCAGCGGCCUCCAGAUGUGGCAGGUGGUCGACCAGUUCUCGGGCAUCCUCAAGGAACUGGACGGGGGGCCCUGCCGGCCCUGGGCCGCCCCACGCGUCCCGGCCGAGAGCCAGUCCCCCAGCAGCAGCGGAGGAUACUUUGGACCCCGGGGGGACGACGACAGAGGGGAGGCUGGGGCCACGGGGGCGUCUCACUCGCGGGGGGGGGGAGCCGAGGGGCUUGGACUGCCCCCCGAGGAGGAGGAGGAGGAGGAGGCUGAAGUGGUGAAGAUCCGGGUCCCCCAUGACGACCCUGAGGAGGAGGACGAGGACGAAGAGGAGGAGGACGUGGCCUGCCGGGGGUCCCCUGACGGGCCCCUAAAAGUUCUUGAAGGAGAGGGGGGGCUGAGUGGCCGGUCCAGGCCCCCCCGCGGGGAGCAGGCUGGCUCUUCCACCUCCUCCUCCUCCUCCUCCGGAUUCGCCUCCCCCCACGAGGCGGGCGCCCCCCGGGUUUUCUACAUCAAGCAGGAGCGCUUUGACCCCGAGGAGGGGCCCGCAGGCAUGGGCGGCCCCCUGGGGAGGGCCUUGGGGGUGUCCGAGGGGCCUCCGGGGCUCUGCCAGGCAGAGAUCCAGGAGUCAGGGCAGGUCAGCUACAUCUACCCUGGAGCCUCUUCCUGGCCCUCGCCUCCGCCUCCUCCAAUUCCGCCUCCAGGGGGCUUCUCCGGGAAGGGCCAGGUUUUCUCGGCGGACUCGGUGGCCUUCCCGGAGAGCUCCUGGAAGCCAUUGGAUCUCCACGGCAAUGAGAUCCUGGCCCAGGCAGCCCAUGGCCAGGCAGUCCAUGCCCCUGUCAAGCUGCUGUCGGCCCCGGACGGGAAGAAGUUUGGCUGCCUGUGCGGUAAGCGCUUUGCGGUGAAGCCCAAGCGGGACCGUCACAUCCUGCUGACCUUCAGCCUGCGCCCCUUUGGCUGCUCUGUCUGCAACAAGAAGUUCAAGCUGAAGCACCACCUGACGGAGCACAUGAAGACCCACGAGGGGACCCUCUACGCCUGCGAGGACUGCGGCCGCAAGUUCCGCGUCCAGAGCUGCUUCCUCAAGCACAAGGAGCUCUGCAAGGGGCAAGGGUGGGCCACUGCCUGCUGGACCUACAAGUAGAGCCCUCCGGAGCUAUAGUGGCAGCGGAAGUGGGGGUCCAGCGGUGGCCAAGGGGGCAGCUCCUCCUCCAUGGGCAGAACUCUUUGGGGCCCCUGGAGGGACUGUGAGCAUGCCCCCCCCAUUCCCUGGAGGCCUCAGCUGAGGGUCAGGGGGCCUGAGGGGGCCAGACCAGGCCAGGAGAGACUGAGGUCCCAAUGGCAUGUUCCUGGCCCUCAGGCUUUCUUCCACAAGAGAUGCUGGGGUCUCCCAUUUGCUCUCUGGGACACAGGGAGUCCAGUGUUCCUGCCUCAGAUGGAGCAGAGGAGAUGUGCAGCAAAGGGGGAGACAUCGGCCAGAGGCAAUGCAGCCCCCCACACAAUGGCCCUAAGCUCCAGCCUCACACAGGGCCCUCCCUCCUCUGGGCAGCCCCCAUGAGACCUGGGUUGGAGCAAAUGGGGUGCCCCUUAUGGGUCUUCCCCCUUGCAGCAUUCCAAACAAGGAUGGUGGCCCUUCCUUUCCCGCGGAGGACUGAGUGAGGUGGGGUGGCUUUGGCCCCUGGUUUGACCCACGGAGGUGUCAGACUGCCAGGGAUGCUUUGAUUGAGAGUUCCUGCAUGGAUGGCCCUUGUGGUCUCUUACAACUCUAUGAUUCAGACGGAGGGAAGGAGCUGGCUUUUGGGAAGAGCCAGGGCCAAACCUGCUUGCAAUUCUUUCUGUGGAGCUUAUGGGAGAAAGACACAUUUUGGAAACUUGUUUAAAAAAUUAAAAACAGUGAACCAAGCUGUCCCUUCCAGGAGCUGGACUGGGGCAGGGUCUGAGGGCAUGGUGGGGGGGGCAAGGGGAGGUCAAGAGCACCUGGAGGGAGAUCUUGACCCGCCAGAGAGGAGGUGCGCUUGGCCCCUUGGUUCAAAGGGACACAGGCUGGAGAAGCACGGCUGGGAAAGAGCCAGGCUGCGAGUGCGAGACAACAGCACUGGAGGAGGAGGAGGAGGAGGAGGGAGAAGAGGAAGAGGCGCCCUGGGGGACCCUGGCCAGCCUCCCCUCUCAGGCUGGUGAGGGACCGGUGCCCUGACACUUGGCAUCUGGGUGGUAUGUGAGUGUGUGCUGUUGGUGGUCUGCGCCUCCCACCUGCCAUCUCCCUGUGAGCUGCACUGGCUGGGAUGAUGGGAGUUGCAGUCCAGGUGCCUCUGGGGCACGGGGUUUUCCCCAGCCCCCAAGGAGGGUGGCCAGGCUUCCCAUAGCCCCCACGGGGCAAGCGAAGGAGAAAGCAGCAAAUGCGGGAUUAAAACCUAACCAAUACAAAGAGGAAAAGGAAAUGACGUUAGGGAUUGUAAAACUUUGCUCAAUCUAGAAAGAUUAUUUAUGGAAGACCACAAAUGAAAACCCCCACUUCUUCAUGUAACCCAAGUCCUAAGGGAACACCUCUCUAGGAAUCGCCAGCUCCUCCAGCAGAACUCGGUGGUCAACAUCUGCCAGGAUUUGGCCAUAGAUUCAUGCUGGAGGAACUGCAAAUGCCUGGAGGAGUGUUUUCUUCAGGAGUCUCUAGGUCCUGCAGUGCAAUUCUACAGUCGACUUCCAGCAGCAUUUCUCUGGGGACCUACAGAUUCCUAGAGAGAAUAUACUAACCAAAGCUGCAAAUGCGGAGGGCUGGCUGUAUUUAGGGUAUUUUAAAGCUCUCACAUCAACCAGGGUCCUUCAGAAGACGAAGGACUGUAGUAGGAGACAUGAUAAGAAGGAAUGAAACCUGCUGGCCUCCAUCAAUUGCAGUCCACCACUGUUUUCGGAAACCAACCUUCCUCCGCGGCUGGAAGGUUUGCAUUUCCACAAAGGAGCCAAUCUCUCCACAUUCCCCCUCUGAAGGAUCCUCAGGACCCCUUGGCCUUCAGGAAGACAGCUGCGUUUCUACAGACCGGAGGUGGUCUCCUUACAGGGCUUGGGUCCUUUUUAUUAUACAGUACAGUGGGCCCUUGUUAUCCGCUGGGGUUUUGGUUCUUGAAUCCCCCGUGGAUAACAACAUCUGUGGAUGCUCAAGUCCCAUUAAAUAUAAUGGCAAAGCGAAAUGGUGUCCCAUAUAUAAAAUGGAAAAUCAAGGUUUGCUGUUUGGAAUUUAUACUUUCGGGGAAUACUUUCAAGCUGUGUAUGCCCAAAUCCAUGUAUAAAAAACCUGUGUAUAAGGAGCGCCAACUAUGUAUUUUGGAUUGUUCAGCUUACUUGGUUGUAUUCUUUGGUUGAUUUGGGAGUAUUUUUUCAUAACACAGGUGCGUUACAGACCACUGCUUUGCGGCGGUCUGCCAGCCCUGCUGUUUGCUCCACGAGG